AUGGUUUCUUCUCAGCAAGGCUACGCUCCCACCACCGUCGACAUGAAGGGUAACCCCCAAGCUGUCAACGAGGUUCAGUCCAACCUCCCUCUCCCCGAGCAGCCCCCUGUCGCCUCCGACUUCAACUCUGCCGAUGCCAGCACCGUAAACGUUGGCUCCGGUCGUCAAGAAGCCUCUUUCGCCUCCGGCGGUGGUGCCAUCCGCGAACCCGCUGUCGGUGCUGGCGGUGUUUCCGGACGUGAGGCCAAGGAUGGCCUUGGUGGCAUCCCCAACGACGCUGUCUCGCGCGAGGCUAAGGACAAGGCUGGUCUUGCCGACACCACCAACAAGGACUACGGAUACCCACAGAAGAACGACCCCAGCUCGGGCGCCAAGCAGUAG